AUGACAUUCAACCUUUCUGUCGUUAUUAGGCCAAAUAUCUUAACUCUACAACCAUAUGUAUGUGCCCGGGAUGACUUCUCUGAAGGCAUUUUACUCGAUGCUAAUGAAAAUGCAUUUGGGCCUAAUAUUGCUGAUGUAAAGGAAGGAAGCAGUUUACAUCGCUAUCCAGACCCUAGACAAAAUGAACUGAAGAGUCUGAUGGCGAAAUACCGGAAUGAAACCUCAGGCCUUAACCAGGAUGGGAUAGCCCCUUUAAAACCGGAGAACUUCUGUUUGGGUGUAGGUUCAGAUGAGAGUAUCGAUUUAUUGAUUAGAGCCACCUGUAUUCCUGGUAAAGAUAAAAUCCUGCUGCUUCCUCCUACUUAUGGGAUGUAUAGUGUAUGCGCUGCUCUUAACGAUGUUGAGUGUGUUAGGUGUGCGUUGGAAACUGCGGACAAUUUCUACCAAGUCAACGUGGAGAAGAUUUUAGAAAUAUUGAAUGCUGAUUCAUCUAUUAAGUUGGUAUUUAUUACUAGUCCUGGUAACCCAACAGGUGCUUGUAUAGAAACUUCUCAAAUUGAACAAAUUUUGAAUGGAUGGACAAAUGGAUUGGUUGUGGUUGAUGAGGCUUAUAUAGACUUUGCUAGUCCAUCUCGCUCAGCAGCUUUGUUAGCUAACAAAUACCCCAAUGUUGCAGUAUUGCAAACACUAUCAAAGUCGUUUGGUUUGGCUGGUAUUCGCCUUGGAUUUACUAUCACAUCCUGUGACAUUGCCAGGAUAUUAAAUAACAUGAAGGCGCCAUACAAUAUAUCUACUGUUACUUCAGAACUUGCUACAAAGGCAUUGCAACCCGAAAAUAUAGUAAUGAUGGAGAGUAAUGUUCGAAAAAUCAAUACUGAGAAGCUACGUGUUUUGAAAGCAUUAACAGCUCUAGAAAAUGUAGAAGAUCAGCACGUUGGCGGCUUAGAUGCCAACUUUCUUCUUCUCAGGCUCAAAACAUGCGAUAAUGUUGUUGCAAAAAAGCUUUGCAUAAACCUAGCUACAAAAUCUGGUGUUGUGAUCCGUUAUAGAGGUGGGGAACACGGAUGCCAGGGAUGUGUAAGAAUUACAAUUGGGACUAAAGAGGAGAAUGAUAUUAUGAUAGAAGAAUUCUCCCGUAGGCUAGCUGAAUUAGUUGAAUAG